AUGGGAGAGCCUCCUCUGACCAACGAAAUGAUGUUUCAUAGGAGCCUGAGCACGAGCAGCUGUUUGUCAAAGGAAGACGAGGAGAUGACUCGUACAGCGCUUUCAGCGUUUAAAGCUAAAGAGAGUGAGAUCGAGAAGAGGAAGAUGGAGGUUCGUGAACGUGUCCAGGCUCAACUGGGUCGGGUCGAAGAAGAAACCCGACGUCUCGCCACAAUCCGCGAGGAGCUUGAAUCUCUUGCAGAUCCCAUGAGGAAGGAAGUUUUGAUGGUCCGUAAGAAGAUUGAUAGCGUUUACAAAGAGCUCAGACCAUUAGGUUACUCUGUUCAAAAGAAGCAAAGGGAAUACAAAGAAGCAGUUGAUGCAUUCAACGAGAAGAAUUUGGAGAAAAUUCAGCUGAUCAACAAACUUAUGGAGAUGGCUGGAGAAAGCGAGAAUCUGAGGUUGACAAAGCUCGAGGAACUGAGCAAGAGCAUUUAG